UAUGUUUUUAUCAAAGACCACAUCUUCAUCUCAAAUACAAUACAAUGUAAUUCAAUUGACUCAUAGUUUGAUUACAAAACAAAUUAAUGACAAUAAUUAGCGAAAUAAAGAAUUCAAUACAAAGGCAUUUGCAUUGAAAUUCCGGACAACAAAUAGUGCCUAAACUUUGGGUUCAAAUAAAUAGAUAAAUGUUUUUUGAUACUUGUUUUAGAAGUAAUUGAUUAAAAUGAAUGAAUAAAUUUAACGACAAAUGAUUUGUUAAAAAUACAUUUGCAACCCAUUUGUGAAUGUUUUUUGCUUUUGUUAGCGUUACUGUAUAUGCGUUUUGUAUGACACGUGUGUCUCCGGAAUUAAUAAUGUGUGAAAUUUUUAUCCACAAAAUCUAUUGAAAGGCCGCCACUCAUGAGGAUUGAGGCGUUUUGUCCGCCAAUCGGAUAAAUUCUCGUUCAAAUGACAGAUUCUGUAUGAAGAGAUGAAGAAUGUUUUAACUUUGAGGUGCCCUCUAAUGCCACUGCAAUAAACAAGUAUACAACUGACUGAAUUGAAACAUUCGCUCAUUUUUUAGUCAUUUAUUGUUGUUUUUCGUGUGAAGAUUUGCUGAAUCGGAGCUCAAUAUAUAAGACCUCAAUAUCGAUAUAAGGGAUUGUAAAGACAUUUUUGACCAGUUCUUGAAUUAGGACACAAUGGUGUUAACGGUAUUAUUGAAAACUUUGUGCCGUCUCUCAGCGUUUUCCAUCAUAUUAGCCGUUGUCAUAGACAGUCAACGGUUGUCAACCAACACAUCCAACCCAUCGUCAACCAAUGUGUUGGACUUCUCUCAAAGUCUGAUCGCAAAUAUACAGUCAAAUGGAUUGCGAGGAUAUGUGCUGUUCGUUGAAAACAACGGAAUCACUUCAAUUCGGGCCAACAUUUUGGGUGCAAAUGACAAGCGAUACGAUUGGAAAGUCUAUGGAAGCACUGCCGGCAUGUCUGGCGAUAAUUCAUGCCCACAGAUGAGUCCAUCGGCACUGAGCUUAGACUUGACGGCCGUUUUGGGUCCCAUAGAGAUCGGCCGCGAAAAUGUUUUCACAGCCAAAUUCAAGUCAAUUAGCGGUGAAAAUACUUUAAUCGGUCGGACUUUA